CAUGACCUGCCAAGAUGCCCAUCCUACUUCUAAGGCAACCGUCCAACACUUCCUUGGCGGCCAUCGUGGAGAAAUCCCAACGUCAGCCGAGCCAUACCCACUUAGGCUACGACCUCCAACUUAAAACAACCAAACUAUCUAAACCUUUAACACAUUUAAAACUGUCACCUGACGAAGGAUUUGAAAGCGAUAUCGAUACUAUCUCUAUAGUGAGCAGUGAAAAUGAGUCGUUUGCUGUUGACAAAGUUGGACAGAAACCUGUUCUGGCUGAAACGGAUAGUGCCAAUGGAGGGUCGGGUACAGAAAGUGAAACGGAAGCGGAGAAAACUAGUACAUUGACUCCGAAAAAUGCCAACACAAUUAAAGAGGGCCUGGACAAGCAACUGUUUUUACACCAAGCUAAGGAAACUUUUGAUCUAGUCGACUGCGUUUGUUAUUCCGAUGUGACAUACCCUGACGUUUUGAUAUUCGUCAUAAAAAGCGAGGCUCUAGUGUUCAGGUUUGAAAGCCUUCAAAAAUUACAAACAUUCUACACGAAUUUUACAACUUUGAAAGCCGUGACCAAUCAGAAAGCUUACAAUUUGAGUAAGAAUGUUGCAACGAAAUAUAACUUACUGCACAGAACAGAUCACAAUGGUGUUACACACAUUGAAAUCAAGAAACAGAACGCUAAUAACAAGCCUCAGAAUUCUUCGAACAGCGGUCAUUCUAAUAUUAUAUCUAUUGAUACACCUGAUGGGACGAUAUCAAAUAGGAAACUGUUUGAAGUUGAAGAUUCCAAAUCAAACAAGCUGAAAGACGUAAACUUGCGUCAAAGGGCCGAGAGUAAGCUGAUCACCGAUAUGAGGUUGUUGAACGAUGCCAAGUUCAACACGAUCAACAAUAAGGUGGGAGGUAAGAAGAUGAUGGUGAGGAGUUCCAUAGAGAAUAUUUUAAAUGUAGAUAAUAAGGAAAGCAAUCUAGUCAAAGAUGAUGGUGUAGUUGGUACAUUGAGGAAGGUGUGGAAUUCCGCAGAGGAUUUGUUAGAUUCCGAUAAUCCUCGAAGACCUGAACGCCGGAGAAAAAAGAAACCUGCACCCCCACCACCCAUCGCAAAACCUGAAAAAGUCGAGGAUGUCUUCAGCGGACAAUUCGUCCGAGUCAACGUCCAUCUAGUCAAAGACUUGGUCGACAAAAACCGACUGGUAGUCAAAAGCAGUGCUAACGAACCUCAUCCCAAAAAACUCGGCCAAAACUUCAACAUCCUCAGUUCUAAAAACAAUUUCACUUCAUUCCUCAAAUCGAAAAUCGAACCGAAAGCCACUGGUCAGGUUCUGAGGUACCACCAGGACAAUGCGACGUUGAAUAGACCAACACGAACGCCACUGUACGAGAAAAAUAACUCUUGGACCAAUUCAGUACCGAGAAUCUUAAAGAAAACUUCUCGAAGUAAGAGCGAGACUAGAAACUCGCCUCAGAACUUUCAACCUAUGGCCUAUAGGUAUAUUGAUACUACCAUGGACUACCCUUACAACACCUCCAUGCAAAACAACGCCAUGUUCCUUACCGCUACAGGUCUCAAGCCUAAACCUCACAGCACGGAGACUUUACAACGUAAACCUCACAACAUUGAGACACAACCACGUAUUUCUUACGCGUAUAACGUUACCAGCUUGCCCAAACACCAAGAGAACAACAUGGGUAAUAGGAUUUUUGGUCUGACGCCUAAACUGAAGGAUUUCAGUAAGGGUGACAGUGUUGCCAGGCUGGGCAACAAAUGGGGAAGUGCUAGCGACUUAACGUUUCUCAGUAACGAUAAAAAUAACCUGAAGAGUAGCAUAAAGAGUGGGGAAGGCGGUUCGAAGAAAAAGAACGAGAAAAAGGUGACUUUCAGUGCAUAUAACACGGUUCAAGUUGUUUGAAAAGGAAAUAGAUCGGGUUUUGGCGUUUGGUUUUCGAUCAUCACGAAUGUGAAUGGUGAAAGUGAAUUUAUCUCCAAAUUUAUAACCAGAGCAACGGAUGGAAGCGUAUCAAAUAUUUCGGGAGUGAGCAAACUGGUCCACAAUCAGAUCUGUACGUUUUAAGAUCAAAAUCAAUAGUAUUACAUCUUUUGCUUUAUUGCUGCUUCUUUGUGUAUACAAAAUGUCAAAGAAAUAGUGUAUCUUACUUCGGUGAGUGAUUCUACAUAAUAUAAAAAUAAAACAAAACGUUCCUAUGAACAUAAUAUGCCCUAAGAAGUUACAGUUCCCUCGAAAGUUCAAUUAAAAAUAAUAUACAGGGUUACAAUUU